AACCGCAGCACAAUCAACAUGCCGAAAAAUAACGAUGCCGAAAGAAACAACCCGUGCCUGAAAGAGCAAGAACUUUCCUACAAAUGUCUGAACAAAAAUAACUUCGACCACAGCAAGUGUGAAUUGUAUUACGCAAACUACAACAACUGCAAGGAGUUUUGGAACAAAGUUCGUGCGGAUCGCCGGGCGCACGGAGUCUUUCCACACCUGCCAGAUGUUGAUGACCGGGAAAGAAUUAAAGCCGAGUACAUGAAAACCAAGCCAAUGUAAACAAUAUGUAAACA